UUGGCCUCGUGGCCGUUGCAUUCGUUCGUCGCGCUUCGAAAGUAAAAUAUCCAACAACUGACAGCCAACCAACAACCAAAAACCGUAUAACCAAUGUAACGGUUUAACAAUUUUACAAAUCAACUAAAAAAACACAGUUUUGAACUCGUUUUUGUGGAAUUUUUCACAAUUUUCGAUUUAAAUUCCAGUUAAUUGAGUGGAGAAAAAGUGUAGCACGCAUUUGUGCGCUUUCAUUGAUUCCCGUUUGAACAGAAUUCCCAGUUUAAUUGAAAAACUUUUUAACUGACUUUGUACUUGAAAUUCCGCGAAAAGGUUGAUUUUAAGUGAAAAAAGAAGAAACUUGAGUUGCAUCAGUGGUUGCGAUCAAAACAUUUGAAUUUAAAAAAAUUGUUCAAAACAAAUAGAUUUUGUGUAAUAAAUUGAAAGUUUAUUACAGCUUGACAUAACCACAAGGCAGCAGAGAAAAGUAGAAAUGUUUAAUUUGAAACCUCAACUGAGCCAAGGCUGGGCCUUGGCCCUCAUCUGCCUGGUGUGUCUCCAGAUGCAGCAGCCCGCCGACGCCGAGCUACCCCCAGUUCAAGGCGCUUCCCUAAACAAUCUGUAUGAUAAUCUGCUCCAGCGCGAGUACGCCGGACCCGUGGUCUUUCCCAACCACCAAGUAGAGCGGAAGGCCCAGCGCUCUCCCUCACUGCGCCUCCGGUUCGGACGUAGUGAUCCGGACAUGCUGAACAACAUUGUGGAGAAGCGUUGGUUCGGCGACGUCAACCAGAAGCCCAUCCGGUCGCCCUCUCUACGCCUGCGCUUCGGCAGGCGGGAUCCGAACUUGCCCCAGAUGCGUCGCACCGCUUACGACGAUCUCCUCGAGCGAGAACUGACCCUCAACAACCAGCAGCCACAGCUGCAGGAACAGUUGGGAUCUGCUGGUGAUUCCGACCUGGAUGCUGACUACGAUGACCUCUACAAGCGGGUGGUGCGCAAGCCACAGCGUCUCCGUUGGGGCAGAAGUGUGCCACAGUUCGAGGAUAACGACCGUGAUGAUUUCCGUAAACAGAUUGUCGCUGAAAAGAUUCACAACCUUUUGAUGGCUCUGCAGCAGUACGAAUCUCCCAGUGCCAGGCCCAAUGAGGACGAGGUAGACCUGGAGGAAGACUCAUCCGAGUUCCAACGCGAGGCCCGCAAACCGAUGCGCCUACGAUGGGGCCGGAGCACUGGCAAAGGACCCUCCGAUCAAAAGAACGCCCCGGAGGAAACCUCAUCGAUUGCACCCAAGACCCAGAACUAAAUUGUUUUAAAUCGGCCAAGGCAAGACGCUCCAAGAGAAUGGCAACCAAUGAUGGGAAUCCUAAGAAAGCUACACGGUCAAUAUCUGAUGCCAAAUAAGAUAAAAAAAAGAGAUUUACAGAACCCUAGACAGAGACAGUUUUUGAAAGCAUUUUUGCGAGAGGUAGGGAUGGGCUGAGAAAUAAAUACUUAUAAACUUAUAACUUAUAUAUACACACGUAUGAUUAACCAUUAUUGUGUAUCUUUUGGCUUUGAGCAACUAGAAGAAUAAACCAAAACCUACACAUGUACACAUUUGUCCUUAAACUCUAACAAUGCGCAGGUAAGACAAGGUAAACAAACAAACUGGAACUCUGUUCUUUCAAGGAAGUGUUUAAUUAUUGUUUCUGGUCUAAUUUAAAUAAAUAUUUGAGAGAUUAUCAUUAAUUUAACUACCCAUUCCAUCCCAGAUUCAAGCCUCCAUGCUCAAUUAAAAAAUAUUUACAAAAUUUCUAUUGCCCCAAGAAUGUUUAUCCUCGAUGUAUAUAAAAAAAAAGAUUUAUAAAAACUUCUUAACUUAGAGAAAAUUUGUUAUAAAAAUGCUAGAAAGCUAUAAAAUAUUAUUCUAAUAACCAAAACCAGUUUGUUUUUAAACUUUUUAAGCGAAAUUCAAUUUAAUGUUAUGAUGGAAGUGUUUAAAAAACAUUUUGGAGGCCCCCGAAAGCUGUAUUACUGUAACACUUGUUAUAUUCUGUGUGCUACAAACAAAACAAAAAAUAAUAUAUAUAUAUGUAUAUCAACUAUUAUACUAUACUAUAUACAUAUAAUAUAUAAACAUUAUCUAAUUAACUUUUAUUGAUGUAUGUAUUUUAUUAGCAGGAAAACCGAUUACAAGGCGAACAAAACAUUAAGCUGAAUGUUGUUAGAACACUUUUGUAUAUUUAAUUUACACCAUCAUUGAAAUUAUUGUUUACCAAACAAAAAUAUAACCAGAAACCAAAGAAAUAAAAUUGUGGUAAAAGUCAUAUCCCGCUGAAUGUAAUUUUCGACUGAUUUCGAAAAUAGCGAAAGAGAAACCGUUUCCCCCGAAAAAUAUACUAUAUUAUAUAUAAAAUCUUUUAAUGAAUGUAAUAUCAUGAAUGUAAAUAAAACAGCAGGAAUAAUUAAAAGCGAACAUAUUUUACUCGAUCUAUGCUACAUAUAUGCUAUAUAUAUAAUAAAUAUUACAUUUAUGGUGAAACUCAGAUGGAGUAAAAAAUAA